AGGUGAAGAACAGACGCGUCGUGACGCGCGAGCAGGAGGAGCGACGCACACCAGAUCCGCCGCUCAGACGCGAGCAACGCGCGCCCGCCGCCGCUUUAAUGGUUUCUAGGUAAAUCCAGAAGGAUUUCCAGGAUUUAUGAGAAGACGCGUGAUGCUGUGUGUUCUGCUCCUGACGCUCCUCUGGACGCUGGUCACCGCAGUGCUGCAGCCGUACACACACACGGCCUCGGUCCAGCAGGACGAUGGAACAAGGCCGUAUAUUUACCACUGCCGCUCUCCUAACAUGGAGAUCUUCACCUGCUGGUGGCGUCCGAUCGCGAAUCAGGACAACGUCACCUACACGCUCCAGUACACCAAGGGUGAGAGCGCUCCUCAGGAGUGUCCUGAUUACGUGAGCGGUGGCAUCAACAGCUGCUUCUUCGAUACCAAACACACUCAGAUCUGGGAGAUCUACUGCAUGAACGUGACGGCGCACACGCGCUCCAGACACAUCUCUUCAUACAAACACUGCUUGGACGUGGCUGAUAUAGUGGAGACUGACCCGCCCUUCAACCUGACGUACGUCGUGCUGAACGAGAGCGUGGAUCAAUCGUGUCGCAGUAUUCUGCUGUCAUGGCUGUAUCCGAUUGAGCCUCAGGUUCGUGCUGGAUGGAUCACACUCCUCUACGAGCUGCGCUACAGACACCUCGCUCAGCCGGACAACUGGAAGGUAAAAGAGCGUUUGCGCGAGCCUCAAGUGGAGUUGUUCGAUCUGGCAGUGGGAAAGUAUGAGUUCAUGGUGCGCUGCCGCUCCACCAACAGCAGAAACUGGAGCACAUGGAGCGAGUCCAUCAACAUCAGCAUCGUCGGCAGACCUCUGUCCGAUCGGAUGUUGGCCUUGAUCCUCGUGACCAGCAUCACCAUCAUGGUCUUCCUCGUCGUGGGUUUAGGGAUCGCCCCGCGAGGCAAGAGAAUUAAAUCGCUCCUGCUGCCACCGAUUCCCAAGCCGAGAAUCCGAGGGAUUGAACCGGUUCUGCUGAAGAAGGGGAAGCUUGACGAGAUCAAUCGUCAUUUCUCCAGCUUUCACGGCUACAAGUCGCCGCAGUACAGCAUGGAGACGUGGUACCAGGUGAGUGUGGACCCAUGUCCGGCUGUGACUCCUGCGCAGACGAGCUGCAGUCCGUUGCCCUACUGCAGUGGCCCCGCCCCCUACUGUGAGGGAGCCACACCUGCUUCAAAUCCUGGCCCCGCCCCCUACUGCGAGGGAGCUCCACCUCCUUCAAGCCAUGGCCCUUCCCCUUAUUGUGAAGGAGCCCCGCCUCCUUCAGAUCCUGGCUCCGCCCACCCAGUGCUCAUGUGCAUCCCAGGCAUGGACUACAGCAUGAUUCUAAGCCCCGCCCCCGUGCCGCCGCAGGACUUCUACACCUGUGUGAAGGGCGUGACGCCCGGCGGGGCGCUGCACCUGGUGCCCUGUCUGCCCGACGCUCUGAAGAACACAUCCUACCUGCAGUUCACAGACGACUGCACAGACAAGAGCGGCCAGCUGACCGCGCUCCUGGAGAAACAGAUGGAGGCGCUGUUGAGCGCGAGCGACUCGGACCCCAGCGAAGCUGCCCUGCCUUUGCUACCUCACUCAUCAGACACAAACUGAGCGCACACCAGGAGCUAACGCACAUGCGAUGUACAAUCACACACACACACUAACAGUCAUGCAGUCUGUGCUGGUUUGUCUCGAUAGGACACAUGACUGGUGUUUGUGUUCAGAAUGAGCACAUUCACUGCCUGAUUCACAGCACAAGCAUAUUUUUUCACUGCACAUUAAGAAACAAGUUUGAUUUUGAAUCAGGAGCAUCGCAUCAGUGGAUGUGAUUUAAACUAAAUUUGUGACCCCUGGAGCACAAAACCAUUCAUACAGGUCAAAUUUUGAAAUUGAGAUUUAUACAUCAUCUGAAAGCUUUCCAGUGAUGUUUGGUUUGUUAGGAGGACUUUAUUUGAAAAUCUGGAAUCUGAGGGAGCAAAAAA